GAUAAGUUGUCAGUCGAGCGGCAAAUCAAAAUAUCUCGCGCCAAAUGUGAUGGCUUCGACCAAGAGUUUUAUAAAUAUCGCGAAUAAAUAUGAUCGCGUUAUUCUCCUCAUCGAUAUGGAUUGCUUCUACUGCCAGGUGGAAGAGAAACUGGAACCUGAGCUGAAAGGAAAGCCGAUUGCAGUUGUCCAGUACAAUGCCUGGAGAGGCGGCGGUAUUAUUGCAGUGAAUUAUCCGGCGAGGGAGCAGGGAGUCACUCGUCAUAUGCGAGGAGACGAAGCCAAGGAGCAGUGUCCAGAUAUUGUCCUUGUGAAAGUGCCCAGUGUCCGCGAGAAGGCGGAUCUGACCAAAUACCGAGAAGCGGGCAAGGAGGUAGCGACUGUACUGCAGAAACUCACUCCUCUCCUGGAAAGGGCUAGUGUGGACGAAGCAUACUUGGACAUCACAGACGAGGUUGUCAAAAGAUUGGAAGUUAUGAAUCAGGGUCAGUUCAAUUUGAAACCGUCGGAACUGAAUAGUACCUACGCUGUAGGCUACUCGAACUUCGGAGACUACGUCCAGGAGAUAUCCAGCUGUAUAGAAAGCGAUACCGACGAGUUCGAUUGCAACGAUGACGACUUGCCUGCCGUGAAGAAAAGCAACAUCAAACUCCUGCUGGGGGCAGCGAUUGCAAAUGAAAUUCGGGCAAAAGUCAAAGAGGAUACUGGAUACGAGUGUUCUGCUGGCAUUGCGCAUAACAAAAUCCUCGCAAAGUUGGCUUGUGGGAUCAACAAACCCAACAAGCAGACGAUACUGCCGUUGAAGCAGAUUCAGCCUUUAUUUAGCACCCUCCCACUCGGUAAGAUUAAGGGACUGGGAGGGAAGUUUGGGGAGGACCUCUGUACGCUGCUAAACAUCAAAUUUGUUGGCGAUCUCAUCAAGUUUUCUGAGGCAGAAUUGCAGAGACGAUUCGAUGAGAAGAACGGCUCCUGGCUAUAUCUCAUCGCUCGCGGCAUCGACUUAGAAUGCGUUACUCCUCGCUUCUACUCCAAGAGUAUUGGAUGCUGCAAAAAAUUCCCUGGCCGUAACGCUAUUAGCGGCAUUCCAACUCUUGAACAUUGGCUUGGUGAAUUGGCCAAAGAAAUUUGUGAACGAAUGGAGAAGGAUGUGAUUGAGAACAAUCGUAAAGCCAAGCAAAUGGUGGUGAGCUACAUUCAAGAAAUCAACGGCCAAGACGUAUCAAGCUCUAGAAGUGUUCCUCUCUCAUCUUACGAUUUGGAAGCGAUGGCGAAAUGUGCUUUUGAUGUGAUACGAAAGAAUACUGAUUUGUUCAUUAAGCCCGGGAGUGACAAAGUCCUCAAUAAUCCUUUGAAGUUUUUAGGCGUCAGUGUGGGAAAGUUCGAAACGAUUGAAACUAAUAAAAAUACGAUACAGAAGCUGUUCAUGAAUCAUUGCAAGAAAAAGGAACAAGAAGGGUCAACUGCUGAGCAGAAAAUCGUAACGGAAAAGGAGAAAGUUCCUGAACAAAAGGUUGAGAAAAAAAGCUUCUUUGCAAAUUAUUUGAAGAAAAAGGAUGAAAGCGUUCAAGGAAGCAACAAUAUUGCUGAAGAAAGUGCAGCCACACUUGAAGAAGUCAAGUCUUCAGAGAGCAAUGCAGACUGUAAGGAAAGUAAAUCUUUUUUCCUAAAAGCAAUUAGAAAACAACAAAACAGCGGAGUCAAUCCUGGAGAGAUGGCAAGCGAUGUACAACAGAAAUCUGAUGGUAGUUCUUCAGCCGCAUUGGUUGUUGAGGAACCGCAAGCUGGCAGCAAUACAACCAGCGUAAAAGGCCCUAAAUCAUUCUUUUUGAAUGCAAUAAAGCGAAAAAGUAAUGAAUCUGAUACAAAAACUAGCGAACACCCGACAACAGAAGACUCUCCCUGUGAAUCUCAAGUACAAAACACGAAAAUUCUUGAGGCUAUGCCAUCAACUUCCUCAGCUUCAAACUACACUGAUACAUAUGCCGAAUUUUUAGUUCCUGAACCGAAAGAACAAGAUUUCACAACUUGCGACAAGUGCGGUAAAAAAGUUCUAGCCUACGAUUUCCAAACGCAUAACGACUUUCACUUCGCUCUGGAAUUAAGUCAGGAACAGCGGGAAAAAUUCCGAUCCGAGGUGAAAUCCAAAAUCAUCACAACCCCGCCAAGGAAGAAGUCUAAAAUAUCGAGCAGCCAACUGAAUACCAGUAAAAAACCGAUAACUUCAUCACAGCCCGCCGCUGAGAUUUCAAUAGCGAAAUUUCUUUCGAAGGAGCAGCCGAAUGUAAACGAUAGUGAUGAAACCACGCAGCCAACCGAAAAGUGUAUAGAAUGUGGAAACCUCGUUCCAACGGAGAAGAUAACCGAACAUUUGGACUACCACGCGGCAAGAAAAAUUCAAGUAGAGUGGAACAAGCAACUCAUGACGGAAGGUAAACAGCAAUCUGUGGGCGGGCAGAUAACUGUUGCAACGAAAACCACGGGACCAGCUAAAGUGAAGACGAAGAACAUCAAAAUGUUCUUUGCUACGCAAACGUAGUGUUAAGGUCAAGAUUAACUUUGUUUCAAUAU